AUGAAUGUACAAAUCAAAUCAAAAGAUGAUCAGUUGUAUCGACCACCACCAGGAUAUACAUUAGGCAAAUCAACUACUACUAGACCACGUAGUGUUGAUUCAAAAAAGCCACCUGGUAAAUCAGGUGAUAUUGAAGCAAUUGACAUUGAAGCUUUAUGCAAGGCAAUUAGUUCUGCAAAAUUAAAAAAUUUACGUAUGAAACAAAAUGUUAUGGAAGCAUUUAUGCGUAAAUUAUUACAAUCAAUAAAAGAAUUAAAAGAAAUUGAACAAAAAAAGGGUAGAUCAGCUUUAUUAGAUAAACAAAGACGCUUAAAGUUAACAAGAAUGCUACAAAUUUUAAUGUUACAACGACGUAAUUUACAAUUACAAACAGAUACAUUACAAAAAGGACUUAUUAUAUUGAGUAAAAAGUAUUCCAAUGUACGUAAACGUGUAGAUUGUCUAGUUUUAGAGAAUAUGUCAUUAUGCAGAGAUUGUAAUCAAUUAAAAAAUGAUAUUGAAUUUAAAACAAUUCAAAUAGAUAAUUUAUUACAAAAUAAAUCAAUAUUACAAAAACAAAUGGAAAAUCAUACAACACUUAAAAUACAAGAAGAAAAUGCACAAUAUGAAUUAAAACGUAUAAAAAUUGAAAAUGAAAAUUUAAAAGAUGCAUUACAACAACUGGAAGUAUUAUUAAGAUGUAAAGUACAAGAACGUGAAGAUUUAGAAUUGAAAAAUGUACAAUUACAACAGGAAAUUGAUUGUAGAGAUGCUGAAGAAGAAAAUAUCCGUAUAAGAAAUGAACGUUUGAUGAGUGAAAAUCAAACUUUGAGACAAGAAUUAAUACAAUAUCAAGCUGGACGAACUGAUGCCAAUAUACUGAGUGCUGAAGCUGAUAAAGCACGUGAAAAGUAUACACAAUUACAAAGAGAAUACAUGAAACUUCAACGUCUUUAUGCUACAGAAGCUGAAACACGAAAAAUACUACAUAAUCAGUUACAAGAAGUUCGUGGAAAUUUAAGAGUGUUGUGCAGAUGUCGUCCACCAAAUAAUACAGGUGAUCCAUGCAUACUACAGUUUCAUUCAGUCGAUAGAGUUGUUGUACCAACUGCUGCCUAUCCACAUUCUGCUACGUAUCAACGCCAAACCACUAGUGAACUGACAAAUAUUUAUAUUGCAAAAGAAGAUACAUUCACGUUUAAUCGUGUUUUUCGUCCUGGCGCUACACAACUUGAUGUAUUCGAAGAAAUUAGGCCAUUGAUUGCUUCAUGUAUUGAUGGUUAUAAUGUUUGUAUUAUGGCAUAUGGGCCUACAGGUUCCGGCAAAACAUACACAAUGCAAGGAAUACCUAAAGAUCCUGGUGUCAGUAUAAGAGCAGUUACUGAAUUGUUUGAGCUAUGUCAACCAUUGCAAAGUAUCUGGAAAGUACAAGUCAGUAUUGCAAUGCUUGAAAUACACAAUGAAGUAGUUUAUGAUCUACUCGGAGAGCAAAUAAAACCGGUUAAAAUUUCCGAUGAUGGUGUUGAUAUUCGUUUAAUUGAAGCUGAAGAAAAAAUCGCCUCCAAUGAACAUGAAAUGAUUUACUGGAUAGCUAAAGGUAAUAAACGACGUAAAGUGACAGCGACUAAGUUAAAUGUUGAAUCAUCACGUUCACAUCAUAUAAUACGCUUACACUUGACAUUAUGUAAUACAUUCGACAAAACAAAACGCAAUUCAUCAUUGAUCUUAUGUGACCUUGCUGGAUCAGAAAGUGCAGAGAGAAUAGAAGCUAGCGGUGAAGUGCACGUUGAAACUGGUUACAUCAAUAAAUCACUUGUCACCUUAGCACGUGUAUUUGAAGCACUUCGACGUCGUAAUCAUUCAAUUCAACCAGGUACACAUAAUAAUCAAUUAGUGGCAGCACCAUAUCGUGAUUCCAAGCUUACACAUAUACUUAAACCAUGUUUAGGUGGACAAGCUAAGUGUGUUUUAAUCAUCACAAUUUCUGGUGAGGCCAAUUUAAUUGACAGAAGUAUCAAAGCUAUGGAGUUUGGACAACAAGCAAUGCAAAUUUCACUGGGACCAGCACGUCCAAAUGAAAGGAUUCUUACCAGUUGGUAUGGUAAAACACGCGUUAAAAGUGCUGAACCAAACAGUCGGCAUGUGAAUUAA